CGUGGGGCGCCGCGGAGCCGGAACCGGGAGGCGGAGGAGGCUCAUGGCGCUGUACGGGGCUGCGGCGUCCGUGCUCUCGGGGCUAGAGGCCCACCAGGGCUCCCUCAAGACCCUGGUCUAUAGCAGCCGCUUCCAGAACGUCCGGCAGCUGUACGCCCUGGUCUGCGAGACCCAGCGCUAUUCGGCCGUGCUGGACUCGGUGAUCCGCAGCGCGGGGCUCCUGGAGACGGAGAAGAAGCUGAAACCACACCUGGCCAAGGUGCUGGUGUAUGAGCUGCUCCUGGGCCGGGGCUUGCGGGGCGGAGGCCGCUGGAAGCCUGUGCUAUCCCGACAUAAGGCGAGGCUGCAGGCAGAGUUUGCCCGGCUCAAGGUGAAGCACUGUGUGAGCCGCAACGAGGACCUCCUGGAGUCGACUCCUGGAGCUGUCAAGGUGGUGCAGCUCCCCCGCUUUGUGCGAGUGAACACGCUCAAGACCAGCCUCGCUGACACCAUCGAUUACUUGAAGCGUGAGGGCUAUUCCUACCAGGGCCGUGCUUCUGGGCUGGACGAGCUGCGGGCCUUAGAGGGGAAACGCUUUGUUCUGGACUCCCUGCUCCCAGAGCUGCUGGUCUUCUCUGCGGGCACUGACUUCCAUAAGCACCCGCUGUACCAGGCUGGUCAUCUCAUCCUGCAAGACAAGGCCAGCUGCCUCCCUGCCAUGCUACUUGCCCCUCCACCUGGCUCCCAUGUCAUCGAUGCGUGUGCUGCCCCAGGCAAUAAGACGAGUCACCUGGCUGCUCUGCUGAAGAACCGGGGGAAAAUCUUUGCUUUUGAUUUGGAUGCCGGGCGGCUAGCAGCCAUGGCCACACUACUGACCAGGGCUGGAGUCUCUUGCUGUGAGAUCGCCAACAAGGACUUUCUCUCUGUAUCUCCCUCUGACCCACGUUACCGCCAGGUCCAGUACAUCUUGCUGGACCCUUCUUGCAGUGGUUCUGGCAUGGUGUCUCGGCAGCUGGAGGAGCCUGGAGCUUUCAGCCCCAGCCAGGAACGUUUACACGCCCUGGCUGGCUUCCAGCGCCGUGCCCUGAGCCAUGCACUCUCCUUCCCGGCCCUGCAGCGCCUGGUCUAUUCAACCUGUUCUGUGUGCCAGGAGGAGAAUGAGGAUGUGGUUCGAGAUCUCCUGCAGCAGAGCCUGGGCGCCUUUAGGCUUGUCCAGGCGUUACCUCUGUGGCCACAGAGAGGUCUCAGCACAUUUCCAGGUGCAGAACACUGUAUCCGGGCGUCUCCAGAGGCCACGCUCACGGGGGGCUUCUUUGUCGCUGUCUUGGAACGUGCCAGUGGGGAAAGCCCAGCUCCAGAACCACAACUGCUGGCCGAAGGACCUGUACCCAGCGUGGCUCCCAAGAAAAAGAAACGACCAAGGCAGAAAGCAUUACCUACGUGAACAUGGGCUGUGCUCCCCCGGCUCUUCAAACAUGGGAGCAGCAGCCGGGAGUUGGACCCUCUGGGGUCAGUUCUUGCUUCUCAUCGUCCCUCCUCCUGAGCCUGCCCCUACCCCCCCCCCAUGGGAAAAACCACAGGAGGCAUCCAGUGGAGAUCACAGUUUU